GAAGCAGCCAAACGCGUUUUUUCUACGAUCGCCCUACCAGCAACAGACAAGCAAGUAAACAAUGCAGAUGAAAGCCGUACACACGCUGCUCUUAGGCAUUCUUUCUUGGAAUAUCUUUAUCGUCCAGACGCACGUGGUCGACGAUCGCAUCGUAUUCCCCAAUGACAACAACGAAUCCACAACAACAACAACGGAGCUGCCCACGCUGGACAACCGCAUACUUGUGGACACCUUGCCCAAGUGCCCGACAGGCCAAAAACUGUAUGCGGGUCGAUGUCGCUUUUCGGCCUAA